AUGGGCUUCCUCGACUUCCUCAAGAAGGACCACGACGACGAGCACAAGCAGGUUGGGCACGGGCACGGCGGCGGACACAGCGAGCACGGCGGGUAUGCCGACCGCGACGGCGGGUACGGACACCCGCAGCAGUACCAGCAGCAGCACCAGCAGGGCUACGGCCAGCCGGGGUCGUACCAGCACCAGGGAUACGGGCAGGAGGGAUACCAGCAGCAGCAGCCAGGCUAUGGCCACCACGGCUACCCCCAGCAGCAGUACCAGCAGGGCUAUGGCGAUGGCGGCCACUCCUACGCAGACAAGGGCCACGGCAGCCACGGCGGUUACGGCGGCGAGCACGACAGCCACAGCAGCCACGGCGCCCACGGUGCCCACAGCAGCGGCCACAGCGAGGAGAAGAAGGGCUGGUCGAAGGGCAAGAUCGCCGCUGUCGCGGGCGGCGGUCUCGCGGCGGCCGCUGUUGUCGGUGUCGGAGCCUACCUGUACCACGAGAACCAGGAGGCGGACGAGGAGGCCCUCGAGGCGGAGAAGGCUGCUCUUGAGGCGGAGAACGCCCGCCUCGCAGAGGAGAAUGCUCGCCUCCAGAACGAGGAGGCUGAGGCCGAAGCCGCGCCAGACACGGACCGCGCCGGCGGCCAGUCCAACCAGGAACGCCAGGACGAGCUGGACGCGUGGCAGGCGCGCCUGGACGAGGAGCAGGCCCGGCUCGACCAGGAGUGGGAGGAGAACGGGGACGACGAGAGCCUCCCGGGCCGCCAGGAGGACAAGGAUGCGCGUCAGCGCCAGAAGGACGAGCAGCAGGCCGAGAUGGACGCGAUCUGGGCCCAAAGCUAA